GCCACGCCGGGCGGGCAUGUUUCUCUUUAAUGCAGCUUCUGGGAGAGGGGCCCCCUCCCAUGGCCCGCUGAUGGCAAAGGGCAGUAUCUCGGAGGCUGGCAGCGGGGCCACCAGGUCCCGCAGGGACGGAGAUGCAGCGGUUGAAGGAGAGGAGGAUGGGCCCCCCGCGGGCGAGGGGCCACAGGCAUCCACGGAGGAGACCCCCGGAGACCAGACCAGUGUAGGAGCCGCAGAUGCUGCUGAGGGGGAGGCCACUGCCCCGAGGGAAGCCCCGCCCAAUGGAGAAGUCCCACCUGAAGGAGAAGAGGGGGAAGUCGCACCUGAAGGAGAAGAGGAGGAAGUCAUGCCUGAAGGAGAAGAGGGGGAAGUGGCGCCCGAAUGGGAAAUGGAAGACGAGGAGACCGUGGAGGCGGAAGGGGAGCAGGGGUCUGAUGUGAAAAUCGUGUCUUCCGAGGGGAAAGCCAGCUCCACAGAGGUCACCUACUCAGACACCAGUCUUGGGGACGCGGCCGGGGACUCGGAGUCCGCCCAGCAGGCAGCAGGCUUCUCUGAGUGGCUGGGCCCGGAUGCUUCCAGAUUUAGGCUCAGCCAUUCGACAGAGUCUGAGGAGGAGCUCCAGCGGGGGCCACCGCACGCCCUGCAGCCGAGCUCGAGGGGCCGGAUCCCAUCCUCGGACGAGCUGUCCCUGACCUCGGAGGAGUCCUUGGCCCCGGAGCCAGGUACCAGGGCCCUGCGCCCGGGCUGA